AUGACGUCCCUCUUUGGCAGCCUCAACAAUACGGCGAGACCUUCAGAUAAUUUGUUCAGGCCCGCAGGCUCAUCUGCAGCAACUCCAAACCCCUUUGGCGCAACUACAACGCAGCCGGCGACCACAGGAGGCGUUUUCGGUUCAUCACUGGGGACGUCAACAUCUCAACCGCAGACGACAAGUGGAGGAAGUCUCUUCGGAGCGUUGGGUACUACAUCAGCAGGAGCCUCGCAACCUCCAGCAGGCGGUGGUCCUUUUGGAGCCAGCACACAGGGUCAACAACCACAAGCUGGGACCAGCCUCUUCGGUCAAUCGCAACCUCAGCAGCUGGGCGGCCUCACAUCUUCCGUACAGCUACCCGUCCCGCCAACCCAGCGAAGUGAUCAGAAUCCUGCAUACUGGGAUAUUAUUGUGGAGGCGAGCCGAAAGAGAGCACACGCAGAGUCAGUCGCAGACGAUCUACCUCAACUUCAGCUCGGCCUUGGAGAUCUUCGACAACGAAUCAAACGGAUAGGCACAGGGGCACCAGAUCGAACAGCUAAUGGCAGGGCGCAUUACCUUCUUGCGGCUUCGGGAGUCGACCCGGGAGCAGCAGUGAGAGAUUUGAAUGCUUUCACUUCAGCGACCGGCAGGGUUGAGCGACAGCAAACUCGAGAGGAAAAUGAUACCGACGUGGAGGGGUAUCUUGCAAAUUUGCAGACGCAGACUACACUCAGCAUGAUCUCUGAUGGCUUGGCUCGCUCAGUUCGAGAUUUCGACGCCUUCCUGGAGGAGAAUGUGACUAUGGAAUGGGAUGCCCAGCGGAAGAGAAUAUACCAGCAUUUUGGUAUUAACCCCACCAAUACUCCGCAUGGCGGGGCCAGAUCAAGCUUUGCUGCUUCUUCGAGUGAGAAUCCAACAGCAUUCGGUCGUUCCAGGCGAAGUAAGGCGGCUGCUUUGGCUGGCUCAAGAGGACCUGAUGAAAAGCGAGAAAGCACUCUUGGGAGAUCUAACCUACAGAAGUCCGUUAUUGGAGCCGCUGGUCCAGCUGGCACCGGCCAUCAAGUCCUGUUCUCCGACGUGGAGAAAAAGAUGGAAGCAAGUGGGGUGGUGCCUGGUCCCCAAGAUCGGUUCCAGCGAGAGAAGCAGAGCAACUAUGCCGAAAAGGUGCAGAAUCUAAAUGUUGCGCGACUGCAGAAACGCCCCUAUCCUGUUUGUCACGAGUUCUCGACUGUUGUUAAGCAAGCAGCCGAUCAACAAGCUGAGGAAUUAGUCGCAGCUUACCGCACACUUUCAGAGAUUGUUGGGGAGGAUCCUGAUGUCAAAUCACUGGUGGAGCUGUCCACGGCAAAAGAACGCGGUUUUGCUGAAACAUAUCUUGACGAGUCGCUCAAUUCGGCGAAGCAAACUGCUGUCAAGAAGGCCAUUCUCAGAGGCUCGGCGAAGGCUUUGGAGAAGCUAGAGUUUGAACGAAUGGAAGAGGCAGUCGCGAAGAACCCUCGAGAUGCCGCCCUUGGUGGUAGGCCGAAUGUUCUCAACAAAGUCAAGGCAUACGUUCGACUUCAAGCCGUCAAAAAGAACCUAUCUGGCGACAAUUCCGAUUUACAGCUGUUAGGAGAAGAUUACGCAUGGGCUGUCAUCUACUACCUGAUCCGGACCGGGCAUGUUAAGGAGGCAGACGGCUUUGUUCAUGAUAAUGCAAUCGCCUUCAGAGCUAUUGAUCGUAACUUCGCAGCUUACAUCCGGGAUUAUGCCACCAGCAGCGAUAGGAGGCUGCGUGAGGACUUGCAAGCUCGGAUUCGUAGCGAAUACAACCAACGCCUUCGAAUCGCGCCCGAGAACUCAAUCGAUCCCUACAGGAUGGCCUGUUACAAGCUGAUCGGUCGGUGUGACCUCACUGAACGCUCUCUGCAGGGUAUCACCAUGAACGUAGAAGACUUUGUUUGGAUGCAAAUAGUUCUCGCGCGUGAACUAAAUCGAGUCGAGGCAAUGGCCAGCGACGUGUAUGCAUUGGAUGACGCACGAAACACACUCAGAACAAUCGGAGAGCGGUUCUUCAACAGAGGAGGCGCCGAGAUGAAUGGCUUGGGCUUUGGCACUUACGUCUUUCUCCAGAUUGCACUGGGCAUGUUUGAAGAGGCCGUGUCAUACCUCUAUACCUAUUCAUAUGUCGACGGUGUCCAUCUCGCCAUUGCCCUUGACUUUUAUGGUCUCCUCAGGGUUUCAAAUCCAAGUUCAGGUAUCGAGGAUCUAUGUAGCUUGACGACCAAGGGCCAACCUCAAAUCAACUUCGGCAUUAUGGUCGGCUUGUAUACACGGGACUUCAGAGCUGCGAACGUUAGCGCAGCUGUUGAUUACUUGACAAUGAUUUGUCUCAACAAGGAUCUUCCAGGGCAAGCUGGUACCAAUCAGGUGGCUCUGUGCCAUGAGGCGCUCCGUGAGCUUGUGCUGGAGAGCAGGGAAUUUGCUCUGCUCCUUGGAGAUAUGCGUGAGGAUGGGCAGCGGAUCAAGGGUGUUAUCGAAGAAAGAAUGAGACUGAUCGGCUUGGAUGAGAGGGACGACUUCAUGAGACGGAUUACCAUGCAGGCUGCAAGCGUUGCUGAUGACAAUGGACGAACGACUGAUGCUGUCUUGUUGUAUCACCUUGCCGGAGAAUACGACAACGUCGUCGUCAUAGUCAACCGAGCACUGAGCGAAGCAAUUGCUGUGCCUCUUGGCGAGGAGAGGAUGCGAAUAGAUCCGUUGAAGCCCCGUGCUGAUGCUGGUGCUGCUGAUGCUGCAAAGGAGAGAGGGACCGAAUCCAGUCUCACAACGGUUGACGAUCCUGUCAUCUUGGCUCAGAGGAUGAAGGCACUGUAUGAUGGAAAUGCAAUAUUUUCUCAGAAGGUCAAUCCCUCCAACCUGGUCGCUUGUGGCACGUUACUCGAGAUGGGUGCAGCCAGAGACUUGGUCGAGAAUGGAGAGUGGGCUCGAGCACUAGACAUUAUUGCGAGCCUUGAUAUCCUCCCUCUGAAGGCUCGAGGAAAUUCCAGUGUGAUCCGAAAUACUGCAACGAAAUUUGCCUCCCUUUCGCAACCGGUCGCACAAAACGUUCCCAACCUUCUGAUGUGGACGAUUAAAUCCUGCAACAGACAGCGAGCAAAUUUGGCCAGCGCGCAAUUUGGUGGAAAUGAAGGAACACGACAGUCGAUGAUUGAUGAUUUGAAGCAGGCACAUAUGGAUUUGACGACGUACACAAGCCAGUUGAGAUACAGAUUCCCAGCCCAUGUGCACGAGGCGUUGGCGAGGGCUCAGUCGGAGUGA